UAUCGGUUGGAGACGGUCCGAUUCGUGAAGAGAGAACCCUGAUACCAAAAUCCACAAUCAAUUUUUGGUUCACUGCUUCAGAUCUUUCUACGAACACCUUGUAGGCCUCAAUUCUAGUUUAUUCAAAAGAUUGAGUGAAAUCGGUGCAUGAUUACAAAUGGACCGCACGAUUCUCGCGGGACCUACGUGGCUACGUUGGAGAAACGGCCCACGCUCUCUUUUCUGAAGGAUUCUCUCGCCAUGGUGAAAGCGGGCCUUUGGAAUGGUACGGCGCGUACCAUUAGCAUUCCCGUUAUUGUCACUGCCUAGGCUAAUUCGCAGUUGGGAACUUGGGAGUUGGGACAUAUCGGUUGGAGACGGUCCGAUUCGUGAAGAGAGAACCCUGAUACCAAAAUCCACAAUCAAUUUUUGGUUCACUGCUUCAGAUCUUUCUACGAACACCUUGUAGGCCUCAAUUCUAGUUUAUUCAAAAGAUUGAGUGAAAACGCAUAGGAGAGAUUUCACCGGUUCGCCGUUUGUUCGUUGUUUCAGCCAGCACGAUGGAAGACGACGACGAGACCACCGUUACGUCUAAAGAAUCCCUUCAUAUGACGACGAUUUCACGGCAUUCGUUCUCAAUCACAGAUCAGACCGAAAAAGCUUUGACUAUCCAAAUCAUCGAGAAUAUGAAAGAAGAUUACGGGUUGUUUGUCUGGCCAUGUAGUAUUGCACUGGCCGAAUAUGUGUGGCAGCAGAGGUUACGCUUCGCCGGGACAUCUGUAGUUGAGCUUGGGGCUGGAACUUCCUUGCCUGGCUUGGUGGCUGCAAAAGUAGGUGCUGAAGUCACACUGACAGACAGCUCGAACAGAGUAGAGGUGCUGAAGAACAUGAGAAGAAUGUGUGAUCUCAAUAAAGUCAACUGUAAAGUUUUGGGGCUGACUUGGGGAGAAUGGGAUGCUUCCAUAUUUGAUUUACAUCCAAAUAUUGUCCUUGGAGCUGAUGUACUGUAUGAUAGUAGUGAUUUUGAUGAUCUCUUUGCAACGGUUACGUUCCUCCUCCAAAAUUCUCCAGGAUCAGUCUUUGUAACCACAUACCAUAACAGAAGUGGGCAUCAUCUUAUUGAAUAUUUGAUGGUGAAAUGGGGAUUGAGAUGUACAAGGCUUCUAGAUGCCUUCUCAUUUCUGCCUUCCUCCAAGGCAUCUAAUCUAAGCGGCAACAUACAAUUAGUGGAGAUGAUUUUGGAUCUUAAAUAGCUUAUGGUAAGCAAUUCCAUAAAUCUUUACAGCAGGAAUCUUAAUUUAAUCUUUUCACAAUCAAAUAUUUAGAUGACAUCAGAGUUUUCAAAGAAAAAAUGUAUCACCUGAACCCGAUGGUCAGUAUCAGAAAACAGCACUGAUAAAGAAAAUGUUCCAUGUUUUAGUGUUUUUUA